GCAUUUCUAUUUCGGUGAUUGGAUAAACAUUGUCCACAAUCCCAAGAACCACUAUCUUACUUAAUACCAUUUUGCUAGUCUUCUCUUCCUCUGUUUCUCUCUCUCUCUCUCUUCAGAAACCAGAACAAAAAGUUUGGAUCUUCAAGACAAGAAACAAAAAUGUCGAAGAAACCAGAAGCCUCAAAGAAAACAGAAGCCUCAAAGAAAACAGAUGAUGUGUUCGUUGGGUCGAUUGACCAAGGAACCACCAGCACCAGAUUCAUAAUCUAUGAUCGUUCGGCGCGCGCAAUUGGCUCUCAUCAGGUCGAGUUCACUCAGUUUUACCCUGAAGCAGGAUGGGUUGAGCAUGAUGCAAUGGAGAUACUGGAGAGUGUGAGAGUGUGCAUGGCUAAGGCGCUGGACAAAGCCACGGCUGAUGGGCACAACGUGGACAGUGGGCUGAAGGCUAUUGGGUUGACUAAUCAGAGAGAGACGACUCUGGUUUGGAGCAAAUCCACUGGCUGUCCUCUCCACAAUGCUAUUGUUUGGAUGGAUGUACGUACUAGCUCUAUUUGCAGGUACUGUUUCAUUGUUUGUUCAUGUUUAGGAUUUUGAAUAUUUGAAAUCAGGAUCUUCAAUUGCUCAGUUUGUGAUUUCUCAUACAUAGUAGAUUGAAUUUUAUUGAUCCUGAAUUGGGAUUUUGUUAUUUUUGGAUUUGGAUGAAUAUGAUUGAUAGUGUUUUUUUGGUCAAUGUAGGAAUAUUGAUUAUUAAGAUAUGUAAUUCUGCA